GCAGCAUAACCUGAUGUUAUCUUGAAAGAGCAUAAUAGGUGGUGAAGCUGAGAAACAAGACAGAUUAACAGCGACUAACACCUUACUUAGAGUUUUAAGGCUUAUAGGGGAGGAGUGAAACAUGCCUCAGGGAGGAAGAGUGAGGGAAGUUACAACAAAGACACACCCAGGCCAGCAAAGUUUUUGAGGCAGUCUGUGGAGCAAGAAGAGGGUGUGGCCUUUUUUGCACACUGGGAACAGAUAAGUUGAGUUUGCCUUGUAAAGAGGUGCAUGAGUCACAGUCCUGAACAGUGAGCCGUUCACUUUCACUCCGCUGGACUCUCUCUCUCACACAUACAGUCCAGCUGCACAAAUCAAACCCUCUUUUCUCUGCUCUCUUUUGCUCUAGCAGUUUUUAGACAAGACUUUUUUAGGGAGUAACAAAGAAGUAAAACUCCCAGCCAUGAAGGACAAACUGAAGAAAGGAGGAGGAAGGAAUCAUGUCAAAACUGAUGUAAUCAGUGCAGCCAGCGGAGAUGAUGCUGUUGAUAUCAAACAAGAUGAGGGCACAGCGUUUCCUGUGAAGAUCCAAGGAGCAGGAGUCGAGUCGUUUGAACUGCAGGUGAAUGCAUUUUGGCUCGUUCAAGAUGCAAUAAUGGCCUUGCUGUCAAGGAAUGAGGUGUGCCCACGUUCGAACUUGUCUCUAUCUCUAGCUGGGACAACACUGGAUCCCCACUCCGAUCUGCAAAGCAUCAAGGGCCUUAAAGCCGGAGCUCUCAUUCGCCUGGUGGAAGAGCCUUAUACGUCCCACUCCGCCAGGGUCCACUUGGCUCAGGUUGUGGAGCUGCUGAGAGCGUCCGGACCUCACGAUGCACUGAGAGAAGGACAAUCACCAAGCGUACUGGAGACACUCACACACACACCUGACUCGAGCCUACCAAAUGGAAAGAGCCUGAAGCGUUCAUUAAGCAAUUCAAAGGGAGAAUCAGCCAACCAGAAUGGACCCCCACCUGAGUACCUCUUGCCUGGCUCCUCAGAAAGACCCCUUAUGGCUCUGCUGCCACACAGUUCUCAGCCAGAGCCCCCCAGUUACCUGAAGGACUUGUCCCUCAGCUGCUGGCACCCCCCACCAGGACACAGGAAGCUGCAGGGAGACUUCAUGUACUUGACAGUGGUGACAAUAGAGGGUCGGCAUUGUGAUAUCACAUCUUGUCCCAAAGGUUUCUUCCUGAACAGGUCUACCCAUGAUAUAUUUGACCCUCGUCCUGCGCAGUCUACUCCAGUCUGUCACUGUCUCACCGACUUGCUGUGUCAUGUCAGUCCUACUUUCAAACAAGCCUUUACCACACUCAAAAACAGGCCACCACAGCCACCAGUAGAGGCAAUGCCCACUCCUUACCACACGCUGUGCUGGCUCGGACCUCCCUGCGCCUCUCGUCUCCACAAGAACACCUUCAGUAGAUUGGGGGUGGAUGAGCAGGCGGCAGCACAGGCUCCAGACUGGAAUGAGGAGUUACAAGCGGCCAGAAAUCUUUCCCAGGGGAGUCUGGAAGAAAGGCUGCAGAGAGACAAAGUUUUGCUACAAGUUAACAGUGCUUUUGUAAGGACUGUUAUGCAGGCAGCUGAGACGGUUGUAGAUGGAUUUGUUGAGCCGGUAAAUGGAAACCCUGAGGACCCAGCAUUCCUUUGGAGAGGCCUGUUCAUGAGUCAGGGGGCCGCAAGUCCAGCGUUUGGUGGUGAGAGAGGUCGCAGGGCAGCUCAGAGGUUGGAGCUUAAAUGCGUGCAGGCUUACAGUGACUUAGAGGGGCUGCAGGGGCUGCAUACUUUACCCACAGCCAUCGUGGACUACAGAGGAGUGCGUCUGUCGGCCCAGGGUCUGGCCCCCGGGUUUGAAAGCUCAGAGCAGGACCAAAAAGAUUCUCCUGCUUCAGGAGGUUUGCUUUACGGGGUGAACGCAGGGCCCCAAGAAUCCCGUCAACGCAGACGGCUGCUAGCCUUAUUGGCUCAAGCCGCCAAAAGUCUGUUCAUCCAGAGACAUGUUGUUGUGGCCCCCAAGGGUCACCAGGUGCCUCUGUUCACCUCCCUGGACGCUCAGGGCCUGCUGGGGGCUGAUGGGAGGUUCUACCUGCUAGAUGUAUUCAGAAGCUUCCCAGUUGAUGCCAAUUUCUGUCCAGAGGAGGAAACACAAAGUCAGACAGCUGCUGGGGAGGAAGAGAGCAGCAAAAGCUGCGAAGAGAAUGAGGAAAAGAGCAACAGGAAUGAGAAACAAGGUUGGCCAGAGAAUUAUCAGAGCACUUCUGGGCUUCCAAAGAGGUUUCCUCACAGUCUCUGUAGGCUGAGGCCAGAGCUGGUGCAGGCUUUCAUUCAGCACAAACAUUGUCAGUUUACCCAACGUGUGAAGGAGAAGAUGGAUGAAAAUGGAGGAUUUGAAGAAUGUGCAACAGCUUGUGACUCUCGAGCGACAGAUGCCGUACGAGCUGCAUGCAGAGACGUAGGCUCCGUCAGUGACAUCAUCUUUGAGAUGCGCUUUAACCCAAAUGUUUUCUCUCCAGGAAUAAGUUUUCCUUCCUCUGAGAGUGCGUCAACAAACCUGCAGGAGAAGUUGCUGAGAGAAGCUGCAGCUUUCAUUAUCACACACCAGAUACCAGACUUUUUGCAGUCCUGCCUACACAGCAAUGAGGCGCCGAUGGACGGAGCAUCUCUGAGACAGGCGCUACACCAGAGAGGCAUCAACCUCCGCUACCUGGGGCACGUGGUCAAGGCUAUUUCCCAGUCAGAACACAAGGAGCAACUCAGGCAUAUAAUGAGAUCAACAAUAGGUGAAAUUUUCACCCGCUCAGCAAAAAGAGUGUUCAACCAUUUCCUACAGGGUGUGGACGUGCCAAGCCUGUCUGCAGCCAUCAGUCAUUUCCUCAGUUGUCUUUUGGUUCAUCACUUCACACCCUCUCCUGUCGGGGAGGAGGUUAAGAAAAAGUCACGGAGGCGUGGCCGUGGGGCCGGGGCCUCCGAGAGCACGCCCUGGAGCAUGCUCACUGGAGCUGAGCUGUGGAAUCUGGUCUGCCAAGAUGCUGUUGAAACAUAUGAUAUCUCUGACUGCCUUGGUUCAAGUCCGAAUCACUUGGUGGAGAACUAUGGGCUUCAAAAAGUCUCUUUGCUGAGAGAAUUCUGUUUAAAGACCGGAGUGCAGCUGAGAUUGAGAGACUUCGUCCUGGAGAACCAGAACAAAGCGCCUUUCAGUCCUGACGACAUCCUUAACAUCUUUCCUGUUGUUAAACACAUCAAAAUGCCGACUGCUGAUGCUUCAAAGGUAUACCGAGCUGCACAGACUUCCAUCCAGAAGGGUCUGCUAGAUCAGGCCCACGAACAGCUGAAGGAAGCAACUUACCUGUAUGGCAGAGUGUGUGAUGAUCUGGACCCUGAGGCCUGUAACUGUAACAGCUUGUUGGCCAAAGUCACUUUCCUACAGGGGAAAGCAGCUGAGGCUCGAAGUAUUCAGCUGAAGACAGUGGUCAUUAGUGAGAGGGUGCUUGGCUUUGACCAUCCAAACACUAUACAGCAAUAUGCACUCCUAGCCGUGUAUGCGUAUGCCGGAGGGGAGACGGCCCUGGCUCAGAAAUGUCUUCUCAGAGCUCGUCUGCUAAUGUUGACGGUGCAUGGAGAAGACCACCCGUACACCGCAACACUAGAUAGUUGUCUUGGUCUGGUGCUGACAGAAGAUCAAACAGGGCAGUUCCUUAAGAAUGCUCUGAAACUUAACACUUCAUUUUUCGGCUCCACUGAUCUGCAUACCGCUCUUAGCCACCACCUCUUGGCCCAGUGGAUGUGCAGUAAAGGAGACUACAGAAGUGCUAUGACACAUGAGAAAGAAGCCCUCUCUGCCUUUACAUCCUUGUUUGGAGAAGAUCACCCACAGACGAGCUGCAGCAAAGAGUUCCUGGGGACCAUCACCAAGCAGGCAGUCAAAGUAGAACGCACUCUCAGACAGACAGGAAGUGAGUCUGCUGAGCAAACCGUUGAGUGUCUAAGCCCAACAUCUGAAACUGUGCUGGAGCAGAUGGUUCUAGUUACAGGGAUCAGGAGGAUUACACGCAGUGAUAGGUUCCAGGAGUAUAAGCAGAAACACCUGGAACGAAAGGCUGCAGCAGCAAAGGAACUGGGAUUCAAGCUCCCAAUCUGGCCUGUCAACUCAAAUCUUGUUAGCAGAGAAGAUAAAAGCUUGGAUAAAGAAAAUGGGAAGGAAGCUGGUGACAAAGGAACCGAAGCAGAGAGCAUGUCUACCGACAGUAGUGCAGGUGUCUUAGCUAACGGUCAUGUGGUAGAGCCAGCUGAGCGAAGCAAACAUGAAGAGAAAGCUGAUGUGGAUACUAAUGGAGAAGUUGCAGAUGGAGAAACCCAGACAGUGAAUGGUGGUGAAAUGCAGUCAGCUUCAGGGGGGGAAAAUAGGGAAAUAAAUGGAGAUGUAGAAACAAUUCCCAGCCCAUCUGCCAUGAGUAGUAAACUAAGCUGGGCAGAUAUCGUUUCAAAAUCUAGCAAUGGAACUGGAGGCAAGGCAGUAAAUGGAGUCACUGCUAAUGGAGCAGCUGAAGAGUGAAAACACUGAAAACACACACAGGCUUGUAGGGCCGAGCUUUCUAAAGACACUGCUGUAAGAUGAAACUAACCUUGGAUUUAAAACGUAACAUGUUCAAAACAACAGGAAAUACAGGAAGGUAUUUUUAACAAAGACGAGUAUUCUUUCAUGUUUGAGAUGUUUCGCUGUCACGGAUGCUGUGAGAAACUUGUUUGGCUGCAAUUUAUUUUUUUGUUUCAAAAAUAAACUUUUUACUUUGC